CGCCCCCGCGGCGGCGGCGGCUGCGGCGCCGUCCCCAUAAGGCGCGGGCGGCGGCUCCGCCCCAGGUGUCCGGAGGCGGAAGUGGCCUCGGCGCACGGAUAUGGCGACGGGCAGCGCCUGCGGCUCCGACCCCGACCUCGAUCGCAGCCCCGGCCCGGCCGAGCGCCUGCCCCCACCCUUGCCGGCCGCUGACAGUGACGCGGAGGGCGAGGAUGUCUUCACCGGCGCUAGCAAACCCAUAGUAUCCAAGAGGGAAUCUCCUCCCCUUUCUCCUCCUCUGCCAGUGACCAGCAGCUCCAAAGAAAAUGGUGUUCAUGUGGAGCAGGAUGACCAGGACCUAUUUGCAGAUGCCACUGUUGAGCUGUCUCUGGACAGCACCCAAAACAACCAGAAGAAAGAACCAGCCAAAGCCUCUAGCCCUGCCCCUCCACUAGAAGUCAGAGCUGUCAGCUCUUCUUCCAGGCAAGCUUCAAAGAGCUAUGAGGAGCUGGAGGAGGAGGAACAGGAAGACAAAUUUGAGCUGACAGUAGGAGUGAGUGACCCAGAAAAAGUUGGGGAUGGAAUGAAUGCCUAUGUAGCCUACAGAGUCUCAACACAGACUAGUUUACCUAUGUUCAGAAGCAAGCAGUUCUCUGUCAAGAGGAGAUUCAGUGACUUCUUGGGUCUGUAUGAGAAGCUGUCAGAAAAGCACUCACAGAAUGGAUUCAUAGUCCCACCACCCCCUGAGAAGAGCUUAAUAGGAAUGACCAAAGUCAAAGUUGGGAAAGAAGAUUCCUCCUCUGCAGAGUUUCUAGAAAAAAGACGGGCUGCUUUAGAAAGGUACCUUCAAAGAGUAGUCAGCCACCCAACCAUGCUACAAGAUCCUGAUGUCAGGGAGUUCUUGGAGAAAGAAGAGCUGCCCCGAGCAAUAGGUACCCAGGCACUGAGUGGAGCAGGAAUACUGAAGAUGUUCAACAAAGCCACUGAUGCUGUUAGCAAAAUGACCAUCAAGAUGAAUGAAUCAGAUAUAUGGUUUGAAGAGAAGCUUCAGGAAGUGGAGUGUGAGGAGCAGCGUCUGCGGAAACUACAUGCUGUUGUAGAAACACUAGUUAACCACAGGAAAGAGCUAGCACUGAAUACAGCCCAGUUUGCAAAGAGCUUGGCUAUGCUGGGGAGUUCAGAAGACAACACAGCCCUAUCCCGGGCACUCUCCCAGCUGGCAGAGGUGGAAGAGAGGAUUGAACAGCUGUACCAGGAACAAGUCAACAGUGACUUCUUCAUCCUGGCUGAGCUCCUGAGUGAUUACAUUCGUCUUCUCUCAGUUGUAAGGGGUGCCUUUGACCAGCGCAUGAAAACCUGGCAGAGGUGGCAGGAUGCCCAGACCAUGCUGCAAAAGAAGCGGGAGACGGAGGCCAGGCUGCUGUGGGCCAACAAACCAGACAAGCUGCAGCAAGCCAAAGAGGAGAUCUCAGAGUGGGAGUCCCGUGUGACACAGUAUGAAAGGGACUUUGAACGGGUUUCUGCUGUCAUUCGCAAAGAAGUAAUACGGUUCGAGAAAGAGAAAUCAAGGGACUUCAGAAACCACGUGACUAAAUACCUAGAGACACUAUUAAAUUCACAACAACAGCUGGUGAAGUACUGGGAAGCAUUCUUGCCUGAAGCAAAGGCCAUCUCUUAACCGGACCAAGCAAACCAGAGCAUACCUGAACUUACUCUGCCUUUUUAUACACUAUACCUCUUCGCCUUUUACAAACAAACCCUAGUUUGAACACAUCCUGCGAAACAGUUAGAGGUUUAACCCCCAGAUGAGCAGCUUACCCAACCAGUAACUCUUCUAACUGUAUAUUUUUCAUUUAGCUUCAUAUAUAUUUUCUUACUGAAGAGAAACUAGUUUCCUGCUUUAAGCAAAGACCUGCAGUAGGUGGCAAGUGUGGGGAGGGGGUUAAUGAUAUAUCAAUAUCAAAUGUAUAUUUUUCAGGCUGGGGGUUUAGGACUCGAAUAAUUCUUACUCCUGCAGUGCCAUCAAGAUUAUGUAACAAAAUAUUUAAAAAUCAGAGCAAAAAACA